AUGACGCGGGUAUUCUCAAUAACUACUAUAUUUGUAUAUUUUCUUGUCUUUCAUUGGAGCUUUAUUUCAAAAACAGUUUCUAACAAAGAAGGAAAACAAGAUUUUCCGACAAAACUUUGUGGUGAUCCAAAAUGUGAAGUAACACUCUUCUCUUCAAAAUUUAUACGAGACUAUUCUCCCGCUGAGGGCGUAAUGAUGUUAACUGCAAAAGAGAAGGAUGAAGUUAAUGUUGUGGCUAUCAAAUUCUCAAAUAGGCCAGACUUUUUUGAGGCUAAGAAAGGAGAAGCGCGUGGUUUAAUUUAUAAGCAACAUAUUGAUGGCACACCUUUCAUACAAUUCUUGGAAAACGCACUAAAAAAUAAUUUGACACUUUUUGUUGUUGAACAGGAUACUAAAAAAUUUAUACGGGAAAUAAACGCUUUUCCUGAAUUAAUUAAAGAUUACACUGUUUAUGUAAAAGAGAUUAAAGAUUAUCAAGUUGAUAAGGAUCUAUUCGAGAAAGUUGCGUUGCUUGAUGGUGGAACAACACAAGAAAGAGCUAAAGAAAAAGUUAUUGCGAGUUCAGAAAGCACUGAGAAUCCAAAUAAAUUGAAUACAUUUGAUGGAGAAAAUCAAAAAUUAAAUGAAAAUGUAGAGAAGAAAAAUAAUGUUGAAGAAUCCAGAAAGGAUGACAAUAAAAACCCUUCUGUUCCUUUAGAAGUUUCUAAUCAAAAUUUAAAAAGUAAUGAAGAAAUAAAUAAAAAUCAACAAGAGCAAGCAAAUUUAAAUGAAAAUCAACCAUCAACAUCAGUAGAAAAUCAGGCGAAAAUAAAUGAGAAUCAAAUUGAUGAGACAAAAGGAAAAAAGGAAAAAAUUGAUGCGAAUAUUGUGACGGCUUUGAAUGAUUCUGAACCUGUUAAAUCUGAAGGAGCUAAAGAGGGGGAUGUCAAUACACAACAACAAUUGGUGAAUGAAAAGAAAAUUGAAAAUGAGAAUGUUGAACAAAAUUCGGAUGAAACACAAAAUUUGGAAGAAAAUCAAAAAUUAAAAGUUGAUGAGAAUAAAGAAGUCAAUGAUCAAGAAAAGAAUGAAAAGACAUAUAAACAAGUUAAUGCGCAACCACAAAUUCAAGUACCAACUACAGUCCAACCGCCAUUUUCAAGCGAACAACCUUCAGAACAUUCGCAACAACAACCUUUUUUAAAUUCAUCAGUUUCUAUAGACCCUCCCCUACCUCAACCUUCUAUUUCACCUGUAUCUGACCCUAUUGCCUCUCCGGAAGUAUUAAUCAUGCAGAAAGAUCAGACGAAAGAUGCUGGAGUUGAAGCGACAAAUAUGUCACCACCACCAGUUGUUCAAAAUCAAUCUAUGAAUCGGGCAGCUGAUGAAGAAAAAUCUGCGGAGUCAACUAAUAUUUUGAAUGUUAAGAAAGGAGAGGAUGAAAAGCCACAAAUUAAUGAUGUUAAAGGAAAGGAUGAAGAGCUACCCGUUUUAAAGAAAGGUGGAUUGGAACAACAAAAUAUGUCAGAAGAUCCAAAACCUUCUUUACGUGAAGAGACGGAUCCAUCAAAACAACCGGAAGUGCCUGAUAAGAAGAUUGAGCAGCCAAUGGAAAAUAGUCCUAAAAUUGAUGAUCAACAAAAAAGUACGGAACUUCCUCCACCAUCACCCCCUCCAUCACCUCUUGUUCCAAAUAUUCCUAUGGAUGAAAAGGCAAAUGGAAUUGACAACAUUAAAAUUAAAAUGAAGGAAGAUACUUCUGCUCAAAUAAAAAAUAAUAUAGAAAAUGUUAAUCAACAAUAUUCUCCUCCUCCACUACCACCACCUCCAUAUUCACCCCCUCCAUCACCUCCUGUUCCGAAUAUUCCUAAACCUCCGAUUGAGGUCGUACAACCAAACAUUGAGUUAAAUAAUAAUCCUCCUAUGGAUGAGAAACAACAGCAAGCAGCUACUCCUACUUCCGGCGAUCACAGCAACAUUGGAGAUUCAAAAGAGGAAAGCAGCAAAGAAAAUACUCCUAAAACAGAUAUAGGACAACAACAACAAACUGAUCCUAAAGCAGAUAUGGGACAACAACAAAACGAUCCCAUUAAAGAUAUGCAAGAGCAAAAAACUUUCCCAGAAGAUAAGUCUGAUUAUUGCUACAAAGACGAUUGUAAAAAAUUGGACAAUAUUCCUUCUGACACAGAAAAAUCUCCUUUUGAUUCAAAAAUUCGCAAAAUGUUUAGAGAAACGAUGGCUUCAAUUAAAGGACUUUUGCCUGAACCUUUAUGUUAUUUUGAAGAUACUGGAUUGAUAAUUAUUGCUUUUGUGUUGAUAUCUAUUCUUUUGCAUCUUACAAAUAUGUUGUUUUCUAAAAGUGUUGGCCCUGAUCCAUUUGACCACCGUCUUUUACAUGAUUGUAUUACACGUUUAAAAGAACAAGAAGUAAUUAUUGAACAAAUGAAUGCUAAUGCUGCAGAUAAUCAACGUUUAAGAGAAAUUGCUAACAAUGCUGAACAACUACAAAGAGAAAAUAAUAUUUUGGAGGAAAAGAUUCAUAUUGCUGAUGAAGAAAUAUUAGAAUUGAAGAAGGAAAAUGGAGAACUUAGAAAAUCGUUAAUGAGUAUUUACCAUGAAUUGGAACAAAGCAAAAAUUCUGUUGGCGAGCUUAAGAAGAGUUUGGACAACAAGGAGGCUUUGCUUAAGAGCACCGAAUCAGAACGUCAACGAAUCGAAGCAGAACUUGACCAAACACUUUCUAAAUUAUCACAAACUCAAAAUAGAGAAAAAUAUUUGGAUGAAGAUUUAAAGGAAGCAUUAACAAAAAUAGAUAAAUUAAAAAUUGAAUUGGAAAAUUCUUUAAAAGAAUUACAAAAAUGGCAAAAUGAAUAUACAGAAAAGAAGGCAGAAGUUGAUGAAUUGUUGGAAAUUAUUGCUGAAUUUAAUAAUAAAAAUAUUGAAAAGGAAGAAAAGAAAUUUAAUAAGAAGAAUAUUAAUAGAGGGUCUAAUGAUUCAGUUAGCCCUGAUUCUCCGCCUGAACAAAUGGUUGAAUCUGGAGAAUUGGACGUAGAUAAUGGAGCAGGUUCAGGUGGUAGUGCUGGUUGGUCAGACCUUGGAGAUGGAAUUGAAAUUACUGGAAAUGAUUCAGAACCAAAAGUUGGGGAGAAAAGUCCGCCAAAACAAAAGAAGUCUUUAACUAAAGAUGAACAAAUUUCUGAAGAAAUUGUUGGGGAAGAAAAUGUUAAGGAAAAGAAGAAAGAAGGUGAAGAUAAAAAUUCUACAAAAUUGGUUGAUAUUUUGGAGAUGGCUAAACUUAAAGGGAAGCUUCGUUCUUUGGAGACUGAAAGAGGACAAUUAAAAUUUUCUCUAAAAAUUGAAAAAGAAGAAAAAGAAAAUUUACAAAAAGAAUUGGAUCGUCUACGACAAGAAAUUGUUGAAAAAGAGCGUGAUUCUGAACAGAGAGAAUUGGAUAGACAUGGACUUACUCAACAAUGUUCUAAAUUAUUACAAAUGAUUGAAGAAAAAGAGAAAAAAGUAGAAUAUAGUGAAAAUGAACGCGAAAGACUUCGUUCUCGUUUAUCAGAAAUUGAAUUGGAAUUGAGACGUGUUGAGGAUGAAAGAAGAGAAUUGGUACAUAAACAUAAAGAAUUGGAACAAUCUUUGAAAAGAAGUAAUGAAUUAAAUGGAAAAUUGGAAAAUAAAUUGUUUCAUGAAGAAAGAAAAAUGAAUGCAAAAAUUAGGCAAUUGGAAGAGCAGUUAAUUACAGCAAAAUCUUCAUUAAGUCCAUUAAAUUUAAGUGCUGGUGGAGGUGUUAGCAGCGAUUUAAAUAUGAGUGGAAAUUCUUCUGAUCGUGAUUUUAUUCCUUUAAAUGGACCUGAAGGAGAAGAUGCUAGUGGUGGUCAAGUUGAGAGAAGUAUGGUCCCAAGCCUUUGGUCUGAAAUUGAGGCUUCGGAGCCUGUUGAUGAAUUAGUCAACCUCGAGCGAAAGGCCAGCAUGCGUCGACGUAGAAGUGCUGCUCGUGAAUCUCCCUUCCUAGGAGAUAUUGUUCACAUAUCAAGCUCUGGACGUGAAGAACGUUUCAAUACUUCAAAAUAUUCUUCUGUUUCUUCUACAGCUGCUCCACGUCAAAGAAUGCGUUCUCGUUCAGCUGGAAGGCAAUCUGCUCGUCUUACUGGUGUUUCAGCGACAAAUCCUCUCUACAAUACUACAAGUUCAAUUGGUGCUUCAACAACUUCAUUAAACCGUCAAAGAGCAUCAGUUUUACCGACAGGAAAGAGUUCUCCAUACAGAAACAUGAUUGAAAGGCCAGCUUCUACACGCCCUCGAAAUAAUUUGUAUACGACUACAUCUGCUGGAGCAAUGUCAGGAGGAGCUUAUUCUUCAGAUUCUAAUGGUGCUUCAAGUCCUCCUCCAGAGAUGCCUCUUCUUUCUGGCGUUCCUCCGCCUGGCUUAAACAAAAGACCUGCUAUUAUUUUACCACAAAGGAUGCAAGUACAUUUACAUAAACCUGCGAAUAUUUUACCUAAAUAA